AUGGAUUACUCGGUCCCCGAACAGGCAAAGCAGCUCCUCAACAAGGGCAUUUUGGAAAAUCCCUUGAUCGCCUCUGAUCUACCCACCGAUGCUGCUGAAGCUGCCAGAAAGAUAUCCUUCACUGGGAGCGACUUACCCAGCAUCCCCAUCAAUUGGCGCUUUGCCGAGAGCAUAUCUACCCUCAAGGCCUAUGAGGCUAUUCUCGUCAAUGUGCUGCUCAAGAGAAAAUACGGUCUCGAGCCCGUGCCAAUCACCAUCGACACUGACCAUGCCCAGCUGUUCAUCAUGUCGACGAUGCUCUGGACGCUUGACCCCGCAGGAGAUAACCUCUCUGCAAUGUCUAUCAUGUCAACCCCAGAGGGUCGGGCAAAGCUCUCGAGAUAUUUUCCCGACUGGGAUAACCACCACUCUAAGUCAAGCAUUUACAGAACGGCUGCUACUAACAUAUAUAAGACUUUAGACGGAAAGUUCUUUCAUCUUCACGGCUCAAUGAACCCUGAUCCUACGCUUGACAGCAUUGGCAUGCCCCAUGAGAUGGAAUUUGAGUCUUUGCCCGAGGCUUCAGCUGCCAUCGGUGAGUCGGUGGGCAAGCUGACGGCCGAUGAGUUGCAGCACCGUGCGACCGACAUAUACAAGCAGGCUGGCACUAUUUGCUAUACCCGGGAGCAAUUCCGCGAAAGCGAGCACGGGAAAGCCAACGCCCACGUGGGUCUCUUUGAAAUCCGCGAGCAUCCCAACCCUCAGCAGAAGCCAUGCUGGUGGCCCGACGUACCCCAGACAUCUGCCAAGCGGCCGCUCGCGGGGCUCAAGGUCAUUGAUCUCAGCCGCAUCAUCGCUGCACCCGCCAUCACCCGCGGCCUCGCCGAGCUUGGCGCCAGCGUUAUGCGUAUUGUCGCGCCUCACCUGCCCGAUAUGUCAGCCUUGCAUCUAGACCUGAAUCAUGGCAAAUGGAACGCGCUGCUGGACUUGCGCAAGGAAACAGACCGGGCUACCUUGCGAGAGCUCAUCCUUGACGCCGAUGUAUUCCUCCAAGGUUACCGGCCCGGUGUGCUUGACAAGUAUGGCUUUGGCGAGCAGGAUAUCAUGGAGAUAUUUCGAGACCGCAGCCGUGGCAUCAUAUACGUGCGCGAGAAUUGCUACGGCUGGAACGGUCCAUGGAAGGACAGGAGCGGCUGGCAGCAGAUCAGUGAUGCCAACUGUGGAGUCUCGUACGAGUUCGGUCGCGCAAUGGGUAAUGACGAGCCCGUUACCCCGGUGUUUCCGAACUCUGACUACUGCACAGGAGUAGCCGGUGUUGCCGGCGUCCUGACGUCUUUGAUACGUCGAGCUGAGAAAGGAGGAUCUUAUAGCGUCGAUAUUGCGCUCAACUACUACUCAACGUGGCUAGUAAACAGCGUCGGCAUGUACCCCGACGCGGUAUGGCAGGACUUGUGGAAGAGCAACGGCUCGCUUGUCUUCCGGCACGACCAACCCAUGCAAACAAUGCUGCCCGCCAUGAUACAGACCAUCAUGAAAUACAGCGCAAACAAGCUGCUCAAGCCACAUCACUUCACGACGUACAACUGCAGGUACCUUCAAAAGGACGUUAGGAUUGUCGCACCCAUCCUACAGUUCCCUCAAGGUGAGGUCAAGCCCGGAUACAGCGUCGGCACGAGGACGAACGGCGUCGACAAGCCAAGGUGGCCCACCGAUUUGACUGUUGAGGUGGUAGAAUAA